UCUUGUCGAGUGCAAACUACCGGGGAUUAGUAUACCCGACGUUAUGACCUGGAUACAUUACAUACGGGUAUAUAUACCACAUUCACAAAAUACCAAGAUGUCUGGAGUUGAUAUCGGUUCCUUCCUUCUCGGAUCUUCAAGCUAAACGUGAUUGGUGAUCUGCUAAACUGUAAUUCGUCCGGUGACAUUUUGCUUUUGGAUUGUAGCCUAUUUUUAGUUCGAUUCAAUAAGCGACAUCAAAUAAUCUAUCGGCUAUGGGACUUUCUUUAGCAUACGUCGCUAGCACAUAAACUAUUCAUUGGAUCGCGAGUACAGAUAGGUAACAUAACUGAGGAGUGUGUCCAGCUCAGCGUGCUUGAGUUAUUGUAACUGGUUAUAAGCAAGACAAUGAAUUGAAAUGAAUGAACUAUUGAAUUUUAAGAACGUCGUCUGUUCUGUCACUGCCACAAACAGGAACCAGCCAAUGAAACAGACAUGCUCCGACCUGACACAGGAAGCGUUGUAAAUAGUUACUACACUACGCGACACGGCAAACGGCCGAUAUUGUUUCUUUGACAAACUUUCCGUCUGGAUGUAGUAGUAGUAGUAGCCUUUGACAGAAAUGGAGAACGGUUGUUAAAAGCACACAAAAGUAAAAAUCAAUAAUGUCUGGUGGAAUACGAACCACACACACAUAAAAUAAAGAACACUCCUACUACAGCUAUUAUUUUUAACAAUAAUACGAAAACAAAGAGUCUGCUUGACAAUGCCGGGAGAGAAUGGAGAAGAAGAACUUGCUGAUAUCUUCAGGACUGACAAGACCGAUGGACUGCUGUGUUCUAAGUGUUACGCCUUCUCGAGAAACACUUUGGUCUUAACCUGCAUGCACUCAUUCUGUGAUCGCUGCCAGUCGUCCUGCACACCUGCUGCCCAUAAGAACACGGCCGCAGGGAUCGACAUACGAAAAUGUCCAAUUUGUUCCAGCGCCACGUCAUCAGUACUACCCGGAUGUUUGGAAUUUGUCAGUUUCCAAAACGGAAAUCUACAGACAUCACCGGAUAUAGAUACAACUACUAUGACGUCAUUAAAGCCAUGCGUCCAGCACAGAGGUCAACAUACGUCAUCUAAAGGACAAAUGACACCAAAUUCUGGAAUGAUUGACACGCGUUUUCAGAAGCCGACCAUCACUGGGGUCACUGUCAUCAGGUCACUUGGCAACUCCGGAAAGGUCAAGGUUACGUGGGAUCCCUGUCCUGGCGCCUUUCUGUACAGAACGAAAUUCUCCAACACAGACGGGAACGACAACUUCUUCAAGGAAAUAACAUUCCAGCAGCUCAAGUACCCGGACACGACGUCGGUGGUGAUCGACGGCCUGCGCAACAACUGCAACUACUGCAUUUCGCUUCAGGCCGUGUACCCGGAUGGGAUGAGCGAUUUCGGAGAGAAGCAUUACGUACUGACACCGCAGAAAAUCAAUCGAACUGCUUGCUUUCUUAGCACCGACAGCAAAUCCAUGCGAAUAUUUGUUGAUUCGCAGAGUCAGACAUUUGCCUCCAACUGUUUCACGUGGAACGAGGACGACAAAAAAGAAUACGCAUUUUUCGACCGCGGUAUGCUGCGCCUUUUUAAGGGUGUAACCGGAAACAGAUGGUUCGGCAACAACGACUGUGAAUACUGGGAAGUCGCGGUGAAGAUGUACGUCAAACAGAGACCGCGCGCGAAAACCGAUAUCUUCUGCUUAGGGAUAGUGCAGGAAGACAAGCGAGACGAGUACUCUCCCCUGUCGAGUAAUAUAUUCAGCGCGGGUUGCGCCCUCUACAAAGUCGCCUACAAGCCGUCGCUGGCGCUGAGCUGGUGGAAUGGCGGGAAAUGGCAACCAACGGCAGACGACAAGGAGUUGAUUAAUCUUCACGACGCCAUCUAUACCACAACGAUGAUGCGGUUCGGCUUCUUGCUGGAUAUGACGUCACGCACACUGUACGUGGUGGACGUGGUGAAAAACGUAUUGCUAAACGUCUUCGAUCACAUCAAGCCGACGAAUUGUCUCCCCGCGUUUGAGCUUUUUGAUGACCGGACAGUUGACAUUGAGGUAAGGUACAUCACAGGUCCCGACGUGCCACGUCUGCCGACUGUGUUAUCGAGCGAAGACAAUGAUUUCAAGUUUCGGGAAUCCGUCAAAUCUUGAUCGCUGAUGGAUAUAUAAUCAAUCAAACAGGGCCGUACCCUGCUCAAAAUCCUAGCGGGGGAGGGGAGCACUACUUUUUUAUAUAAACAAAUGAAAGGCUAUACAAAUUAAACCCUGAGAUGUGUAUGCUAUUUUCUGGAGUAAAAAAAAUAGAAGGUGAGAUUCUCAAGGUUCAACUUCUCCCCCUGCUCCCCGGAGAGAAUGGCUCUGAACAAUAAAUCAUUUGAAACGUACAGGAUGAAUCAUGUAUCUUGGAGAAAAGACAAAACGAAUUCGGAUCUUGAAUGAAAGCCAGGAUCAUGAAUCGACCAAUGACUAGUUGACUCGUAUCUGGUGAACUAUAUAUCUAGAGUAAAAGAAAAAAGAAAAGACAAAACCCGCGGAGUUUCGAAUACAAGCCAGGGUCACGAAUCAUUGAAUGAACCAUUUUACUCUUUAUCUCGUGAAGUAUGUAUCUGAGAACCCUCCCCCCCUCCCCCCCCCCCCCCCCCCCAAAGAGCACAAGGACUUAUUUAAUAGAAGCCAUGGCCUCGAAUCGUUAAUCAACCAUUCACAAUUAUCUGGUGAACCAUGUAUUUGAAAAAAAAGGAGGAAAAAACCCCGGGGAUUUGAUGAGAAGUCAAUGUCUCGCAUCAUUUAAUCAAGCAUCCAUUUGUAUGUACCCAGUCAGCCAUGUAUCUGAAAAAAUAACAUGAAAUAAGAGCACGUGGUUUUGAAUAGAAGUGAGGGUUUUGAAUCAUUCAAUCAAUCAAGCAAUCAAUCAAUCAACCUUUUGACAAAUAUCCGGGUGAACCAUGUAUCGGAGGGGGGGGGGGGGGG